AUGAAUUCUAAUUUUACAUUAUUUGUGACAGCUGAAGUUUCAUGGAUUUACUCAGCAUACAUUUAUCUUUCUAUACCAAUAAUUUUUUACAUUAUUAAUGGUAUUAUAAUUAUAUUAUCCUGUUACAAUAAAGCAUUAAAAGAAAAGAUGGAUCUCAGACUUAUUUUAAUUGUUAGCGCUUCAAUAAACAUUUUUUCAAUGAUUAUUUAUGUUUUAUUUUCAUAUCUUUGGUGGUAUUGUUAUUUAACUAAUUCAUAUAUUAACAUUAAAAUAACAUCAUUAGUUGCUGAGAUAAGAUUAUUUGGAAUGGGAAUACUUUUUAUAUCACCACUUAUUUUAUCAUUAUGGAGAUUUUUUUUAAUUGUUAAAAAUUGGAAUAUAAGUAUAUGGAAAUGUUCAAUUUGUUAUCUUAUUAUUUUAUCAUUUCAUACAUAUACAUUUUGUGAUAAAAUUUUUAUUUCAACAAGAAUAUCAAAAAAUGAUAUUUUUACAUAUUCUAUUGUAUAUUCGACAAAAUUUUUAAUUUUCUUAUUUUUAAUAACUGAUAUCGUUGCACCAAUUAUUGCUAUCAUUUUAUUGUGUAUUAUACUAAUAUAUGUUAGAAAACAUCAAGAAAAUCUUAAAAAUGUUGUUGUAUCAAAAGUUCGUCUAAGUAUAGCACGUCAACAACGUGUUAUAGUUUAUUCCUUAAUAUUAAUGUCUGCUGUCCCUUUACUUGGAGCUAUUCCACACUAUUUCAUGAGAAUAUUUUUUAUUUACGAUUAUAAAAUACCACGAAUUGGUUGGAAUAUUGCUGAAUUUAUCAUACUUUCUGUUGGUGGUUCAGCACCCUUAUCAAUGAUACUUAUACUUCCAACAUUAAAAAAAGCAUUUUUAAGUCAAUUAAAUUUAAGACAGACAUCCUCAAUUGAAACAACAAUUAAAAAAAGUGAUAAUGAUAUAACAAAAAAUGUUAAUUCUAAUGAUCAUCGUCAUUCAUUAAAAAUGAAAAUAUUAAAAUAA